AUGACCCAGGACCAGCAGGGAGACGAGGGAGUGGAGCAGAGCCUGUCUGAUAAGGAAAACAAUGGGUUCCCCCGCCAGGAGGUGCUAACUGCAGGGGGAAGGAAAAGGAGAUCUCAUAUGCUUUGGGAAAAAGACAGGAUUUCUCAGAGAGUGGAAGUCCUGUUCAAAGAGCUCAGCAUCGGGAAGACGGCAUCUGAAAGCACCCGGGUCUCGACCAGGAUGCUGAGUGCUGCCGCUCAGGUUAGCAGAAAUCUCCAGGGUCCAGACAGCAGACCAGAACCAUCCAGGACCAUUUUUAAAGGACCGAAGAAACAUCUGUCUGUUCCUGCCUCAAAACUCUGCAGGAGUCCACCUCAGUGGAGGAGCCAAGGUGCCACCAAAGACAGACGAGGUGCUGACAGAACCAACACUCCAAAGACGAAGGUUCUGCUUGGCACCAGUCUGGGUGCAGACCGAAUGGUCCAAGCUGUGAGGUACCACUACCGGCCACCAGCUGUUCUUUCAACGCUCACUAAUGUGGGUGAAGGUGGCAUGUCAGACGUGUUGGUGACGCAUUCCCAGAACAUGGAUCACCUGGAGUCCAGCCUGUCUGGACUGAAAGUCGUCCUCUCUGAUCUGCAGUCCAAGCUGGCAGAAGACAUCAAGCCCGGCGGCCUGCUCGCCACUGGACACAUAAAGAAAGGAGACUUACAGGAUGACACGCUGAGAGAGUUCCCCAGAGGAGAAGACACAGAACCAGAACCAAGUCUCAGUCUCUGUGGUUUAGGAACCAAAGCAGUCAAAACACAGGAAAGCUCUGGAACUAACCCACUGUCAAGAAGUCACAUGAUGCAUCAUAUCCCAUCAGACGGCAGCUCAGCGCUGACACAUAGCUGCACUCUGCCCGAGGAAACCAGCAUGCACACGCCAACACACGGUUCCACCGUCAACCCAUCGCUCAACCAGUUAUACGACAUCAACGCGCCGGCUGGGCUGUGGUUCCUUCAAGGCUCAGAAUCUCUCCUAACUUCAAAGCAUCUGACCCCAGAGGACGGGGCUGAAGGUCACCGUGGAGUGGACAAGGUCACACGGAGGCUGCUGAUGCCCACGGCCGAGCACACACAAGAAGAACGUGAAGGUACGCAUGGAGGAGCAGAAUCAGGGUUCAGGCUCGACCCCGGCACCACCAGAGCGUGCUCGUAUGAAGGUCGUGGAGCUCAGGGAUGA